AUGCAUAGCAAUGCAGCAUGGGAGAAUCUGCAUGAGUUAAACCAGAGUACUACUGAGGAAUUCAUCCUGUUGGGAGUAUCUGAUCAACCACAGUUGGAGCUGUUGCUGUUUGUGCUCAUUUUAAUCAGCUACGUUAUGACACUGCUUGGGAAUGUCACCAUCAUUGUUGUCUCCCGGCUGGACCCCCGUCUCCACACACCCAUGUACUUCUUCCUCAGCAACCUCUCCUUCCUCGACAUCUGCUACACCACCAGCCUUGGCCCCCCAAUGCUGCUGAACUUCCUCAGUACGCGCAAGGCCAUCUCCUGGGGUGGGUGCGUGGCCCAGCUCUACAUCUCCCUUGGACUGGGUUCCACAGAGUGCCUCCUGCUGGCAGUCAUGGCCCUCGAUCGCUACGCUGCUAUCUGCCAGCCCCUGCGCUACAUGACAAUUAUGAGCCAUCGCCUCUGCCUGCUCAUGGCUGCUGGUUCCUGGCUCAGUGGCCACAGCACUUCACUGGCACAGACAGUGCUAACUAUGCAGCUGCCACGGUGUGGCCAGAACCAUAUUGAUCACAUCUUCUGUGAGGUGCCUGUACUGCUAAAGUUGGCCUGCACUGACACUUCCUUCAAUGAAGCUGAGCUAUUUUCUGUAAGUGUGAUGUUCCUGGUGGUGCCUGUGAGCCUCAUUCUGAUCUCCUACAGCUAUAUUGGUGCUGCCGUGAUGAGGAUCCGCUCAUCUGAGGGCAGGCGCAAGGCCUUCAACACCUGCACCUCCCACCUGGCUGUGGUGUCACUCUUCUAUGGCCCAGCCAUCUACAUGUACCUGAAGCCUCCCCCCAAGGGUCAGGGCAAGAUUGCCUCCCUGUUCUACACAAUGGUCACCCCAAUGCUGAACCCCCUGAUCUACACACUGAGGAACAAGGAGGUACAUGGGGCCCUGAGGAGACUGCUUCGGAAAAAGCCAGGCCUUACAGGUUGGAGUUAG